AUGCCUAAGAAGAAAACAGGUCAGAGGAAAAAAGCUGAAAAGCAGCGCAUGCGGCAGAAAGAAAUCAGAACUGCAUUCAAUCAGAAACCUCUAGCAGAGCAUCCAUGCAAUGCUGCAAUGGAAUGUGACAAAUGUGAUAGGUAUGUAGAAAAUAGAGCAUUUUGUUAUUUUUGUUCUAGUGUACAAAGAAUCCCCAUGUGUUGUCAGUGUGGAAAAACAAAAUGUAUGUUGAAAACCGGAGACUGUGUUGUAAAACAUCCUAGUGUCUAUGCUACAGGUUUAGCAAUGGUGGGUGCCAUAUGUGAUUUUUGUGAAGCAUGGGUUUGCCACGGACGAAAGUGUCUUACCACUCAUGCUUGCAACUGUCCUCUACAAGAUGCAUCAUGUGCAGAAUGUCAGAGAGGAGUCUGGGAUCACGGUGGACGAGUGUUUAAAUGCUCUUUUUGUGAUUCUUUUCUUUGUGAAGAUGAUCAGUUUGAGCAUCAAGCUAGUUGCCAAUUUUUAGAAUCUGAAACUUUAAAAUGUCAGUCAUGUAACAGACUUGGUCAAUAUUCUUGCUUAAGGUGUAAAACAUGUUACUGUGAAGAUCAUGUAAAAAGGAAAGGCUUCAAGUAUGAAAGAAAUCAACCUAUUCCUUGUCCAAAAUGCAACUAUGAUACACAACAAACAAAAGAUCUAAGCAUGUCAAUUCGUAAACAUGAUUAUGGUCGGCAAGCCACAGGUGCUGGAGAAAAUGGAUAUAGUGAUGAAGAUGAAGGAGCUUGUGGGUACUCAGGUUCAUAUAACAACUACAGUUAUGAUGUAGAUGACAAUGAAACCUCAUCUGACGAUGAUGAUGAAGACGAUGAUGACGAUGAAGAUGAUGAUGAAGAUGAAGAUGAAAAAGAGAAGACUUAAGCAUAAUUUUAAAAAUUAAAAAUUAACUGAUGUAUUGAAAAUUUUUAGAAAUAAAAUGUUAUUU